AUGGAGGAGCGCGGGCCCCCCGACGUGCCGUUGAUCGUAACGCCGCCGUGCGCGGGCGGCGCGGGCGGCGCGGCGCUUACCACCUCGCGACGCGCCGCCUCCGCGCGAGGCUCCCGCGACGAACCACCGCCUUCCACUUGGCGCUCCUCGGUGCGUGUGCGAGACACCAGUUUCCGUGGCUCCCGCAAAAGCGUCGUUCGACUCGAACCACCCUGUAAUGGCCUCAACGGGUUGCCCGCCAUCGGCAAGGAGGUCCUGUCACUGGGCGCGACAGGCGGCCACAAGGGAACCACGCAACCUUCACAUCCCUGCACUAUCCUCCACCAUUCUCCUUACAAGGCCGCUUGGGAUUGGUUGAUUCUGAUAUUGGUCAUCUAUACAGCAAUAUUUACGCCUUAUGUAGCCGCGUUUCAAUUGAACGAACCGGAUUUCGACAAACGAUCGCGUGGUUUUGGACAGGACCCAAUCGUUGUUAUUGAUAUGAUAGUGGACGUAACUUUCAUAAUAGACAUCCUAAUCAACUUUCGCACAACUUAUGUAAAUGCAGCUGAUGAAGUGGAAUCAGAUCCAGCGAAAAUCGCUCUACAUUACCUGCGUGGAUGGUUCGUCAUUGACCUCGUCGCAGCUAUUCCCUUCGACCUUCUUCUCUUCGGCACCGACACCGACGAACAGGGGCUGGAAAGUGAUGAGACGACAACGCUCAUCGGCUUGCUGAAAACAGCGCGCUUAUUACGACUGGUACGCGUAGCGCGUAAGAUCGACAGAUAUUCCGAAUAUGGUACUGCCGUCCUACUUCUUCUUAUGGCUACGUUUGUUCUUAUCGCGCACUGGCUCGCAUGUUUAUGGUACGCGAUUGGGAGCUGGGAAAGACCUAAACUACAUGCUCCGAUUGGUUGGCUUGAUGCUCUCGCUAAUGAUGUCCAAGCCACGUAUGAUAAUUCAACGGGUCCAUCGAUGAGAUCUCGAUACAUCACAGCAUUGUAUUUCACAUGUACAUCUUUAACAAGCGUGGGAUUUGGAAAUGUAGCUCCUAAUACUGAUAUGGAAAAAGGAUUCACGAUAUUCGUCAUGCUUGUUGGCUCUCUAAUGUACGCUAGUAUUUUCGGUAACGUAUCUGCUAUUAUCCAAAGGCUUUAUUCGGGAACAGCCAGGUAUCACACCCAGAUAUUGAGAGUACGAGAAUUCAUUAGAUUUCAUCAGAUUACUAAUCCAUUACGACAAAGACUUGAAGAAUACUUUCAACAUGCAUGGAGCUAUACAAAUGGAAUAGACACUUCAAGUGUUUUGAAGGGUUUCCCUGAAUGCUUACAAGCCGAUAUUUGUCUUCAUUUGAAUAGAAAUUUAUUAGCUAAUUGCGCUGCUUUUGAUGGGGCUAGUCCGGGUUGCUUGAGGGCUCUUUCUUUAAGAUUUAAGACAACACACGCUCCUCCCGGGGAAACAUUAGUUCAUCGUGGAGAUGUUUUAACAUCGUUAUAUUUCAUAUCUAGAGGAUCAAUUGAAAUAUUAAAGGAUGACAUUGUUAUGGCAAUCUUGGGUAAGGAUGAUAUCUUCGGUGAAAACCCGUGUACACACAGCACAGUGGGCCGCAGUAACUGCCGAGUACGAGCGCUGACCUACUGCGACCUCCACCGCGUGCAUCGAGACGACUUACUCGACGUGCUCGAUUUUUAUCCGGAGUUCCGCGCCUCUUUCGUCAAUAACCUCGAAAUCACUUACAACAUGCGAGAUGAAGAGUUAAGUGGUAUCGAGCCUCGUCGACGCAUGCGCUACGAGAACCCUAGCGAUGCCAGAUUGCUACGAGAAGCCUACGCGCGCACGACGCGCCGGCCUCAUACUGAAACUUUCGCUGACAAGGUGGAUUCUCAGUGUAGCGACGAAGACACAGAAUCACCGCCAAGUCGUGGAAUUUUAGAAUUCUCGGCAGAUAAAGCUGGACAAGAUGUCACACCUUUAAAUUUUAACUUUAGUAAACAGCGGUCUACAACGCUUAAUUCAAUUACAGGCAUGCUAGCGCAACUAAAACGGAGUUUCCCAGACCUCUACCACCAUAAAACCCACCAGCCGCUGCACAACAAAUACUCUCAAUCAACGCCACAAACAUAUAGAGGAAGGGCUGCGGUGCGCCGACAAUCUUCAGUUGGUCCGCUGAAUGAUACGUCGCCCCUAACGGGAGGUAUAGCAGCAGGCGAGGCCGCAGUCAGUACGCCUGCUCACAGUGCCACGCUGCCCGUCUCCAGUUUAAGCACUAAUCCUAGCUCGUACUACACUAACGCCUCCCCGAGCCCGCCGGCGCCCGCACCCGUCCACGUGUCCUGCGACGAUAUUUUGGUUCCCAGUGCGGCACAGUCCGUAGGCCGCACAUCUCGAUCUGCACCACAUUCCGCUGUCAACUUGCAUCAAACGGGGAGACCGACAGCACUUGCCUUUACAUCAGAAAGGGUGCAGAACGCUAUGCAGGAUGUAACAUCUCCCCAAUAUCAAAACGUCGGUGCAACCGCUACGGCUGCAACAGUAGCAACAAUUUUGACCAGGUUGGAAGAACUUAGCAGACGGGUCGCCGUCUUAGAAACGGGCCUUACUUCGGAUGUGCGGCGUAUUUUACAGUUGUUACAAGCCCGUGAGGCUGCGCAUCACAACGCACAACCUGCACACACCCCUUCUCAACCUUUACCGAAAUCCUCGCUAUCUGUUCCCCAGUCGAACGAGCAAAGUCAAUGGGAGUGGAACUGGAACGGUGAUCGGGAGCGCGGAGGUCGCAGCGGGCGCGGAGAGCGCACCGACCGCACUCCAGGAGUCCAGCGGUCGGCGUCGGAGCCGCACGCGCCGGUGCCGCCGGCGCUGCCGCCGCCCCCUCACUCGCACUCGUUCUACAGGUAG